UUUACAAACACAACCUUUCUGAACUCUAUGGGCGGCUUCUCCAUCUAAGAAUCAAACCAAUACCGCGGCCCUGGAAAUCCAAUUGCAUCCAAGAAGUCCUGCAAGAGCCUUUGUUUUGCUAUGCCAUGGCGCCACCGUCCAAUCCUUCCAGUGGCGAGGUCGCUGUGACGAGACAAAAGAAGGGCCCUCCUUUCAAGUUCUUGGUACCUCUUAUGUACGCUCCUAUUCUUCCGCUCAUAAGAAUCGGUUUGCGGAAGAACCCAGUAUUGAGGGAUCGAUUGUUCGUUGGUGUCUUGGCGGGCGGUUUUCUUCAUGGAUCUUACUUGGUAACUGACUUGUAUGACAUUGAGAGCAAGUGAACACGAUGAGUGCGGAAGAGGAAUCCAUUUCUUUAGAGUCUUCUACAACUUCUUGGUUUGCAUAUGCUACUAUAUCAAAUCUCUUUGGGUUUUCCCCAUGAUGGGAAGGUUCGGUUGCUUGUAACAAACUUGUUUUAAUACUAUUUGCCCAUUUAUGGCGGAAUAUUAUUUUUUCUGCAGUUUGUUUUAGAUUCAAUUGUGGGAGAGGCCCAAACAACAAUAUAUGGUGACAAAAAUUGAAAAAUUGCUAUUGAUAAGUUAAUUAGUUUCUCA